CCAGACGCUUUGUUAGUUAGGGAGAUACAGAUAGCGCUGUGAAAAUAGAGAUUUUUAUUUUUUUAAUAUAUGAAUAUAUAUUAUUUUUCCUAGUAAGCUCGCUGUGCUACACAUGUAGAAAACAUUCAAUAAUUAUAUAGAUUUUAAAGGCCAUGAGGAAGUUUCGAAGUGCUCAUAACGCACAUUAAAGUUAGGCAGCUAAAGUUAUCUCGGCUGACAUCCGAUUUAGAUCGACUCUCGUCGCUUUUGCCUUUAAAUGUCGUUUAGACACCAGAUUAAUGGUUUUCGUGUGGAAGAGGCGUUAGUGUUCAGUUUGACUGGCAGUGUGUGUGACUGAACUCACUGACACGCUUUUGAACGUAACCCGCAACAUAACCGGCAAGUUUAUGUAAAGAAACGUCCACUUUAACAGCUAUUUGUUAACUUGACGUCGUGUACUGAUAGUGUAGUUUAACAGAAAGACCGUGACUCAGUAUAAACCAAUCUGGAUGCUGUUAGACAUUUUGAGCAAAGACGGACUUGGAAGUGAAGUUUUGGAGUCGUUUUUUUUUCUUUAGGUUUAGGAAAGGAUGAAGUCUAAAAUAUCUGUCUGGAAAACGAAUUGAGUGUUUCAUACGAGUAGUUUUAAUAGUGGAGGAGGAAAUUAUUUCCCCCUUUACUUUCUUUCCUUUAGCUCGAUGUUGAAGUGUGAAAACCAACUGCCUCAAAUGUUACGCUAGAAACACACCAGCCUUUACAAAACGGUCUUGUAAACCAAGUUUAUUUGCCAAGUGAAGUUUAUUUGGCAAAUAUAAGAACCCACUCAUAGCACAGAUUUAGCUUUAGAUCAAGAAAUCCUCUCACAGUGCUGUGUUUUCGCUAGCCGGUGUGCUAGCCUCCACCUCAGCCCUCAGAAAUGUCGAUUAUCUCCAACGAAGCUGUGAUGUUGAUUAAAGAUGUAAAGGCCGGAUCGAAAAACCUUAAUAUCGUCUUUAUAGUUUUGGAAAUCGGUCGGGUGACGAAGACAAAGGACGGGCACGAGGUGCGCUCGUGCAGGGUGGCGGAUAAGAGCGGCAGCAUCGCCAUCUCUGUGUGGGAUGAGCUGGGCAGCCUCAUCCAGCCCGGGGACAUCAUCCGCCUCACGAGAGGGUAUGCUUCGAUGUGGAAGGGGUGCCUCACACUGUACACUGGAAGGGGAGGAGACUUACAGAAAAUAGGAGAGUUCUGUAUGGUGUAUUCUGAGGUUCCUAAUUUCAGUGAACCAAAUCCAGAGCUGCUAGCACAAGCUAACCAGCAGAACAAGACGGGCAAAGAACAGCGGGGAAAUUCUCCACCAAAUCAAAAUGCAGGUACUCCUGCGCAGACAGGAAAUGGUACUGUGCUAGUAUUUCCCAAUAACAGUGCUGCACCUGUGCCUCGAGAACCCAAUUUUGGGGCUCCAGGAAGACCAAAUGGGCGUGUUCCAGGCAAUGGACCACCCCCAGUAACUGCAGGAGGACCCCCUGCUCCACCCAAACCCACAGUUACCAUUAGCAAUGGCAGGGACCCAAGAAGGGUUUCAAAGAGAUGAGACUGCAAAACCAUUUCCAUCUUCCCACUCCUUCGUAAAAUCCCUCCAAAAACUAUCUAUUCAAUACGCAAACCAAUACUGCCAAGCAAGAGAUACGAGGUUCAAUGCUAUUGUUUUACCACAUGUGCUUUUUGCUUUGUCAUUUGGCAAUAUUUGCAUAGUAUGAUUGUUUAUAAUGAAAGGUAAGAAUUCAACUUGUUACAGUUGGCACACUCUUCUCUUUGCCCAUUGAGUGCUGGUUCAGUGGCCCACCGUUUAUUUCCUUUCCCUAAAUGUGUUGAACUAUACACCCUACUUGAACACUCAAUGCACUUUCUUCUUUUAAUUUAUAGUGAAUGCAUUGUCAUGUGAUUCAGGAAUUAUUAACUGCUGUUGCAAAUUGGUUAGUGAACUUCAAAGUGACUGACGAUUAUAUGGAUUCUACUCAUACCUUUGGCCAAAAAAAUUACCAGAAGUGACCAUGUGUAAGGAAAGGUGAUGGUUUGAUUGAACACUUAGGAUUAUUUAAUUAGGAAUAAAUCAAGAACAAAAUAUUCUGAAAUUAAUCCCUGUGGAUGCAAUUGUUCUACUUGAUCUUUUGAGUGGCAUGUACAUUGAAUAAGACCAUUGCCUUUUAUAGAGUGCAAUGUGACUACACCGAAAUAUUCUUAUACUGUUACACUUGUGUAUGUUUUGUUAUACAGACAUUUAAUGUUACAUCUGCAGCUACAUGUUUUAUUUCAGUAAGCUCAGUAGUGUUGCUUGUGCACGGGGUAGAAUGUUUAACAUUUCUGUCUUAAAAGUUAGACCCUGAUAGGACUUAAUUUUUCCCCAUUUUGCGGUCUAGCACCCAACUUUUUUCUGCUGAGAGAAUGAUGGCAGAACUAUAUAUAAUCAAGCUGCCAGGUAAAGUAUGUUACUGGGUGUUUUUAUAUUUCCAGUGCCAAUGUAGGACCCAGAUCCAUUGAUUUCCUUAAAUAUGGAUUGUGCGAUAUGACUGUAUUAAGAUCUGGUCUAAUACGAAAAUUUAAUAGCAUUGCUUUUCAUUGAUAAUUUUUUGCCAGAUCAUGUGAUUGUGGUUAGUUUAUCAGCACUAUUAAAAUAUGAGUCAGGGGUUUACUGUCAAGAAAAACAGCUGGAUUAAGUGUAAAAUGCACUCCAUUUUUGUGUUGGUGGCUUGGUGAGUUUCUUUAUGAUGGUGUUAAUUUACUUUGUGAUUCAUGCUUGCGAUUUAAGCAUGUACUACAUUGCGCAUGUGUGUGUUUGAAAUCUCCUGAACUUUAAAUAGGAUUAACAUCAGUGCAUUACAGCAUUGAUACCUGAUUACAGGUUGUACAAUUUUGA